GGCCUCGCCGUCCGCCGGAAAUGUGCCCGAGAAGAGUUCUGAGAGAAUAUAUUCAGUUGUCCUCCUGUGAUUAAACAAGACGCUGCUGUAUUUUAAUUUCAGAAAUUGAAAAGGGAUAAGAGGAAGGAGAAAAUGCUGGGCUGGUGUGAAGCGAUAGCCCGUAACCCUCACAGAAUCCCAAACAACACGCGAACACCCGAGAUCUCAGGGGAUUUGGCUGAUGCCUCACAAACCUCCACGUUGAAUGACAAAUCCCCAGGGCGAUCAGCAAGUCGAUCAAGUAAUAUUUCAAAAGCGAGCAGCCCAACAACAGGGACAGCUCCCAGGAGCCAGUCAAGGUUGUCCGUCUGUCCAUCCACUCAAGACAUCUGCAGGAUCUGUCACUGCGAAGGAGACGAGGAGAGCCCUCUCAUCACCCCCUGUCGCUGCACAGGCACCCUGCGCUUUGUCCACCAGUCCUGCCUCCACCAGUGGAUCAAGAGCUCAGACACGCGCUGCUGCGAGCUCUGCAAGUAUGACUUCAUCAUGGAGACGAAGCUCAAACCCCUCCGGAAGUGGGAGAAACUACAGAUGACCACGAGCGAAAGGAGGAAAAUAUUCUGCUCUGUCACCUUCCACGUCAUCGCCAUCACCUGCGUGGUGUGGUCUUUGUACGUUUUAAUAGACCGGACGGCGGAGGAAAUCAAGCAGGGCAACGACAACGGUGUCCUUGAAUGGCCAUUUUGGACAAAACUGGUUGUGGUGGCCAUUGGCUUCACAGGAGGCCUCGUCUUCAUGUACGUACAGUGUAAAGUCUACGUCCAGCUAUGGCGCAGGCUGAAGGCCUACAACCGCGUGAUCUUUGUGCAGAAUUGCCCCGACACUGCCAAAAAGCAGGAGAAGAACUUCUCGUGUAACGUACACACGGACACCAAGGACGCCGUGGUGGUGCCUGUAUCGCACACAGGUACGAAUCCACUGCCGUCUGCAGAGGGCGGGCCCCCCGAGGUUAUACCAGUGUGACAGACCAGCUGGGAGCGUCUUCCCUGAGGACCCUCUUCCGAGCCCUCAGCCACUACACGUGACAGAAGUGAUCCUGACGCGCUCACUCCCUUCACCCUCUCCUCUUUCUCCUACUGACUCGUUUUUCCAGACUUUGCUCAAAAAGGAAAGGACCAAAAAACCACCAAUGACCAGGAUCCCAGGAAGCAGUCCACAGGGUGACGCAGAAAUGUGGAAGUCAGCAAGAGACGGAUUUCUAAGACAGUUAAGAGCCAGUGGAGCAAGGGAUGCUCAUAGGCAGGGACGGAAGCCUGAGUGGACACAGGCAUCCUCACAGGAGCAGGAGCAAGUGUAAGAAUACAGGCUUGAACUGCAAUGUGUAUUUCUUCCAAGGCCUUGUGUUGUUAACUGUCUCAUCUGGAAAUAAGAAACACCCUUGGUUUUAAGCUUGAAAUUGUCUGCAUCAUCCUUCAGUGGUAUCAGAAGCAGACGUGGAGGAUGCAGUUUGAUGCUCAUACUCUGACAGCUAACAGAUUUUUAUGGCUAUAGUGGAGUCCAGUUGUUUUAACAGAUGCAUGUUUUUAAAAAAUAGAUGCAAUACGCAUUUGAAGAUAUUAAUACUUAGAAUCACGUUUAAAUCACGAACAGGAGAUUUCUGGGUGUAAUUAGUGCUGUUAAAUACCCACAGAAGCUACCACCAGCUAUUAGGUCGUAUGUUUUAUCUGGUCCCUCUAAAACAGUGUUGUCCAACAGAAAUAUAACGUGAGCCACAAAUGCAGACCGCAUACAUACGUUUAAAAUUUUCCGGUAGGCCCAUUAGAAAAAGUAAAAGGUGAAAUUAAUUUCUAUGUUUCACUAACACUAUAUAUCAAAUUAUUUCAAUGUUAUGAAUAUUAAAAAUUGAGACCUGUUACACCUCUUUUUAUGAACCAAGUCUUCAAAAUCCAGUAUGUAUUUUAUCUUUAUUGUGUAUCUUAAUUUAAACAUGUUGUUCAAUGCAGCCCUAAAAUCAGAGGCAGAGCCUCUGCUUCAUUUAACAGUUGACUAUUUCAAAAGAGCAGCUCGAUUCAUUCUUUUAUCCAAAGUCUCAUGAAUGGUAUAGUUUUAUAAAGCACUAAAUUAAUCAAAUUAAAUAACCUGGUUGGUUAAAGAGUUAGAUGAACUUACCACUUUGUAGUGUGAAAAAAUGAAAAUAUGGAAAGAUAAAAUGAUCUACCUGUGGCAAAGUUCUGAAAUUAACUUGUUUGCUACUAUGAGGCACAUAUGAUAGGGAAACAAAAAUUAAAUAUUUUUGUUAAGUCAAAUGUGUAAGGUUUUUUUUUUUUUCUUUAAUCCACAUGUGGCAUCCACUUGACAGAGGAAUCAUUUUGACUAAGCAUUUAGACUUGAUUUUUAAGAAGCUGACAGUAUUUCCCUUGGUCAGCUGGAAAGUAAAGAUAUUCAACAGAUUUUGUGAUAAGUAAUAAAUUGAGUUGUUUAGGUUUGGCAGUUCAGUUGAUUAUUGUGUUCUUUGCAUAUUCAUGUAGAACUGAAGCGUGAAUGAUAUUGCAGUGAGCUAGAUUAAUGAUUAUAGAGUUAGUGAACCAUCAAAGAUGUCUUUUAUUUAAAAAGGUGAUUUAUUUUUGUUAGCUGUCAUUAUUUAUUAUUGUGAAAAGGCAACCAUGAUGGCCAUAAGAACCAAAGCACGGGUCUCGCAUUGCACAAACCUGGGUAUCGCAUUGAUGCACUUUCUAAUUAUCAGUGUACUUGUUCUUCAUGGAUUAUCAUAGAAAAAAGGAAGAGGAAAUAACCUUUUAAUGAGGAGAAAGAUACGAGUAUUAGUAGUGGCUGACACGGAGUCCAUAUAGUCACAAUUUCUAGAAAUAAAGAAAAGGUAAACAAUGUCAAUUUUGUGUGUGUGUGUGAUGUGUGUGUGUGAUUUCAUGUAUGUACAUGAGAAGAACAUUAAAGUUUUUGGCCAGUCAGAAAACAAAAGGUUUAAAUCUCUUCUUUCUUAAAACUUGUUGUGGAGGGUAUGGACUAAAAGGCACAGGGAAGACAGAGCUGAAGUAACUGAAGUUGUACUGUAAUUUCUGCACAAAUAAGGACGUUAAGUUGUGAUUUUAAAAAGAUCUAUGAACCGUAAACAAACUAAACUUUGUAUUAACUUCCUCUUAAAUUUCCAUUUUAAAGGUUUAAGAUAAAUACUCAUGAAUAGCUAAGUUUUGGGUGAUUUAAACAUGGCACUUCACCCAAUAAAUUGACCUUGAUUCAAUUUUUCUGUUAAUUUUUCUAAGCUUUUUACUAACCCAUUCUUCCCAGUGAUUAGCAAUGGCACAGUGUUCUUUACAAAUAUUCCUGGGGCGGGUGGGGGAAUCGGUCACCAGCAAGCCAUGAAAUCCCAAAUUCUUUUACAUUUGCUCUGGAAGGAAAAGAAUUAUUUACCUUAAUUACCACCAAAAAUACUGUUUAAAUUCUGUACAGACCUAAGCAAGAUGGCUAAGUGCAUUGCUCAUUUCUCAGUGGGAGAUGAUUGGCUAAAAUAGGCCUUGUUUAUUAAGGGCUACACUUAACACUAAGAAAACAUUUCUAGAAUGAAAAGUAAAGAUAAGCAUUACUGUUUUAACCAUAAAAUAUGACAUGGUGUUUCAAUACCAUACCUAAAUUCUCAAAAUUAAUUUGUACAGGCUUUGACUUUCUUGUAAUAAGAAUAUAGUUCCCUAGCAGGUUAAAAGCCAGCUUUUUAUUCUGCUACUCUUCUUACCUUUAUAAACCCUGAACUCCUGAAUUUAAAUCUUUUAAAAUUUCCUGCAAUGGCUGUUUAUGGUUCAAACUAUCUGAAAUAAUGAUGUGCAUUUAAAACCUAAUAUUGAUUUUCUUUCCUAUUCUGUGUGGCAACUGCCCUUUCAGUGAAAGGAUUUGACUUUGUUGACAAUACUUUUUGUGGACUGGACAUACCCUUCAAAAAUGACUCUCCAAAAGGACAAUUUUUUUGAAGCAUGUUUACCUGCUCAUGUAAGAAGUAAAAUGGAAGUGAAUCAAAGGACUGAAAUUGAAAAAUGAACACGCAAUUCUGUUUAAAACCUUGGCUUUUUAUAAUCAUGCAUCUGAUAGUAUCAAUACCAUAAAACACAGACACUUAUGCUGUUAAUUUUUCAAAGAACUCUCACUUUUAUUGUGUCAAAGAUUGAAUUGUAAAGGAAUGAAAUCCCAGUAUUUUUUCUUAAAGUGAAGUCCAGAAUGCAAUGACGCUUAAGAACAAACACAAGCAAAACAAACAAAAAAUCAAAACAAAAAUGAUCCAAUCAACCUGGGAUACAGCAAUGGAGAAACUGAAAAAAAAAGUAUUUAUUAAAGGAGUCUUUCAAAAUGCCCCAAGAUGAAAUCUCACUCGGAGCUGCUAUUACAUGUGAUUAUCGUCCCAGACAGCCGCAUUUAUCCUGUUUUCCAAGAGGCCCUUAGGUACCCCUAAAACACCUACUAUUUGGCUGGAAAAUUAGCUCAUUAGAGCAAUGGCAUCAUUAAGAUACUCUGUCAAGGGGGUGAGGUGGGGAAGAUUACUGCAUUCAUUCACCUGACAGUUUACCUUUCCUUACCUUACCUUUGAAUAUUCUGGAACAAAGUGGAGCUCUUUAAACUUUUUACCAUUAUUGUAGUUGUUAUGUAAUAACUGUAUAGGACUCAUAUUUUAAUUAAUAAGAAAGAUGAAAAACCUUUUUCCUUUCCUUAACUCAGCCCAAAGGUGCUAUUUUACAUAUCAAUACAGCUCAAAGGAAGUACUGUUAUUUUGGGCUGCAGUGUUUCCUCCAAAUCUGAAGAAAGCCCAUUUUGAAAUUGGAGAUCAUAUUAAAAAAAAAAAAAAAAAAAUUUAACUGUGUGCAAUUUUUGAGAUUGAGCAUUUGUACUUUUUUGGUUUUACCUAAUUCUCUUGCAUUAACAACUUAUUGUUUUGUGAAUAAUGUGUACUAAGACAAAUUAAGGAAAAUAAUUAUCUGUGAAAGACUUUGUAUAUUAAACAAGUGACCUAAA